GGUACGUCUAGCGCCACAUAUGUUUCCCGACUCUCUCACUUCCGGGUCUCCGUCCUCCGCUUCACUCCUCUAGCUACUCUAGGAUGGCCACAAUGACGCGCCGCCAACAGCGAAAGACUACCGCAACGGCUAAGCUAGGGAAUCUGGACCUUCUCUUUUUCGCUCUACGAGCAGAGCUCGGCCCCGAUUGGGGAUGCUACAAGGAACUCAUAGAAGGGGCCGCAGCUGCGAAGGCAAGCGGUGAGAAUGCUUCCGCUUGGGUCGAACAGAUCGAGCCGCUGGUACGAAACACCGCUUCGCAAUUCGCGCAUCAGGGAGUGCUCUUGUUGUUAGGCGUCAAGAUAAGUAGUGAAGCUUCUUCUGUCAUCAACGUCACCAACGAGACCUCCACUACGACUCUUCGCACUCAACGCCCGCCGCAACCAAUCCAGCACUCAGUCAACAUGCAGCGCAUCUUCAACCCUAGCUUAACGCCUAUGCCGUCACCCAGUCUCAGCAGCUACAUACCGCCGACACCCACCUCUGUCGCAUCCAGAAAACGCUCAGAGGCCAAUGUCGCUUUCCACGGUGACAAGCAGGCUCCCGCGACACAGCCUCUCAAAUCCGGCUGGUUCGGCGGGUAUGUCCUCCACCAAGAUCCAGCCUUUCGGCGCGACUUAUUCGAGUUCUUUGGACACGAAGUACCUGACAAGCCCGAUCCGAAGCAGCACGAUCAAUCCGAUGUUUCAUCCGUAUACAAGGCUGCGGAUGACGACUUGGCGGUUUGGAAGGCAGGCUCCGGGGCGGAGGGCGAGGUGAAGGAUGGCGGUGCGGAGGGCAGUAAUGACAGGAUCAAGAGUGUGGAGGAUUCGAAUCGAGAGCGUGUGCUGGAAGGAUUGCGCUACAGGCUAUUCAACAAUCUGGAUUGACAUUGGCUACUGAUGAGAUUGUCGCUCUUGAAGUCAGGCGUCCGUGCGGGCCGAGGUAUUGCGGAAACAAAGGAAGCUCGAUUCG